AUGGCCGCCCAUUUGGGUGCUGCUCUCUGUGCAAUCUUGAUCCUGGGGCUGCCUCUCUACCAGCUCGGCAUGUCUGACCCACAGCAGGUCCAAAGUAUGGGAUGGGUGUCAAUUCUGACAUACUAUGUCGUCUAUCCAGCCGUAUUUUUUUCGAAAAUAUUUAUCUCUAUCCUAAGGUUCCUGACAGCGCCGCUAGUGGAGCUCUCGACUCAUAUACUAUACGUCUGUCUCCUACCGUGGCACAUGUCUACCAAACUAGAGCCUCUAUACAAGUUCUUCGGUAUUGCGGCAGUAAUUGGUAUUGCUACUGGGUGGGCUCUAUCUCUGUCUAGCUCCUAUAUCUCCCUCCUGCUCAACUUAUCGUCCGGGACUGAAGCCGCUCCAAAGCGACUGUCAAAACAUAGGCCAGGCUGGGAAGACGAGGCUCCUGUCAAGUCAGAAUGGGCCACGCAGUUCGCCAACAACAGUGACAGCAUAGACGAUACAACGUGGAGAUAUAGCCAGCCCGAGCCGUCAGGUCUCAGAUCUCGUUUAAUCGCCUCUAGGACAACAUCGUAG